UAAGAUUAGACUUUGGGACUCUGAAACUGACCUAAAACUGGUCUUUUAUAUCAUUUUAAAGAUGGCAGCCUCCGUCGGUCGUUUAUUGAAACCUUGGACAUCGAGUCUGUGUUUCGUGAGAUGGAGUCGGUAUAAACCAUACUAUCUGGAUCCUGAUCCCAGUAAAGAUGCUCACAGUGUUCCAGAAUCAGAUCUCAGUCCUGAACAGAAAGAGUUAAGAGAACUCAAAACAGUGAGACCAAUAAAAGCUGCUUUAUCAAGCGCCACCAGCUCUCCUUUCGAAGAACCUGUGAUCAGCAAGUUUAUUAACAUGAUGAUGCAGGAUGGGAAUAAAAUCCUUGCUAGAGGAAUCGUGACACAGACACUGGAGACCAUGAAGAGGAGACAGGUGGAGAAAUAUCACAAAUCUCCUCCAAACAAGAGAGAAGACAUUGAGUGUAAUCCGUACGCCAUCUUCCAUCAGGCCCUAGAAAACUGCAAACCCAUCAUUGGUCUGGCCAGCAUUCAGAAAGGAGGAAAGUUCUACCAGGUGCCCGUCCCGCUCACAGAUAACCGAAAGCGUUUUCUGGCCAUGAAGUGGAUGAUCACAGAAUGCAGAGACAACAAACACCGUCGCACACACAUGUAUGAAAAACUCUCACAGGAGCUGCUGGCUGCCUUCUCUAAUGAAGGAAACGUAGUGAAGCGCAAGCACGACCUUCACAAGAUGGCCGAAGCCAACCGGGCAUACGCUCACUACCGCUGGUGGUAGAGAGAGAGGGAUGAUCUAGACACGUAGACAAUGGACAUUCUCACUUCUCACUAGCUGCAUCAAGAAUUCUGGUGGACACAGAUCGAGAUAAAAUAAAAGAGACACUACAGUGUACAUGCAGGUUGUCUUUAUAUAAAAAAAUAAAAAGUGAAAGUUAUCGAAGACUGACAAUGCUGUCUACUGUGUAGUAAAAUAAAGACAACUGAUCAAAGACAUUUUUAUUUGAAAAAAGUUAAUACUUUCAAAUCUGAAUCUUUUCUACACCAAACACAAAUAAGAAAUGUGCUAUUCAUUCACCCUCAUGUAUAUGAAAUCCACACGACUUUCUACUGUCAAAAACAAAAUGAGUAAUUCAUAUCAAAAUAUCCAGGCUGCAAUGAAAGUCAAUGUUCACAAACAAAUCACAUAAGAUUUGUAAUGGCUAUCGACAAAUUUCAGUUUGUUCACCACAAAAAAGUCAAACGGAACUACACGUUACUGUGACAGCUCUAGUUUUCCAUUCACUUCAAUUGUUUAAAACCGUUAGCAAACAUUUAUUUCACAGAAGAAAGUCAUGAAGUUUUAUUUACAUGAAGAUGAAUAUGUGACGAAAGAAGACUUCUUAAUGUAUAUUUACAACUGUUAAGAAAAUGUUUAAGAAAGUGUCUAUUUCCAGUGGAUUAACAGCCACCUGAUGAAAACCUACUGGACUGAAACCUAAUUACUAAAUCAAAUAAAAUAGUGACAGUAUGCAA